CGCAAGAGGCCCGUUACUUUACGGUGCGCGCGACGACGUCCGCUACAACAACGGGUUUAGACGGCGGUGCCAUCGACUCGCUCCUCCUUCCCCCAGCCAGUCACUGGGUUAGUGAUGUCUUCUUGCGCUGGUGCCCCACUGGAAUCAUCAGCAUCAUCAUCACCUCUUGACCCUGCGGAGGUGGAGGAGGAAGUUCAGGAGGAAGGAGGCAGGUUGUGUCGUGCCAGAGAACUUCGAAGACCAAGAUAGGGGCGAGGCAAAGGCCAGAGAGACACCACCGCCUUCAGGAGGAGGAGCGCAAAUCUGCUGGGCACUGGGCGCUGGGCAUGGGGCGUAACCGAGAACACCGAAGACCAGAAGGCAAAGGCCAGAGAGACCACUGCCGCCAUCAGGAGGAGCUGCUGCGGGGCACUGGGCACAGGGAGUAGAAUUGGUGACAAACUCUUGUGGAACAAGAGGCCCAAGUGCCAAGAGCCCACAGCCUUAAGAAGGAGCUUCUAGACACUGGGCGCUGGGCGUGGAAUUGGUGACAAACUCUUGUGGAACAAGAGGCCUAAGUGCCACGAGACAACCGCCAUCAGAAGGAGCUUCUGGGCACUGGGCACUGGGAGUGGAAUUGGUUACAAGCCCUUCUGGAACAAGAAGGGCCAAGUGCCAAGAGACCACCACAAUCAGAAGGACCUUCUGGGCACUGGGGCAAAGGCGGCGUACAAUUGGUGACGAGCCCUUCCAACGUUAGUGCCUGCCAAGCCAAAAUCGCUACAGAAUAAAAGUGCGAGUGCGUGCGCGUGUGUGCGUGCGUGCGUGCCUGUGUGUAGCAUCGAACAACAGAGGAGGUGGGAGGGAGAGAGAGGGGCGGUCUCAGAACCAGGUGAAACUUGUCGACGGUCCCCCGGGUCUCGUCGGAGGUGGCGGCGGCGGCGGCGCUCGGUGGGUUUUCCCUUUUAGUGUGGGUCUGUGUAUGUAGGUCACGCAGUUUCGCUUUUACGGUGGUAUGCGAUGGUUGUGGCCGUGUCUCAUGGUAGCGUGUGUGAGGCGCGACUCUGCCCGUGAUCGCCACGGAUCGACUCUGAGACACUGGACAACUUGGUGGUGCACUUUUGGUUCAGAUACACAAAGUGUUCUCGUUGGUGUGUAGUGGUGGCUACCCCCUACACAUACACACACAUAGAUAGAGAGGCAGUGUACUUAAGAGUGUACCACUUCAGUGUAGCAACCAUUCGAGUGGAAUUUGUAUAUUCAAAACAGCAAAAUAAUUCUCGAGGCGAAUUUCUGUUUUUUGCGGGAAGUGAGGUGCUCCAGUGACCACGACAGAAAAGUUAUAUUCGAAAAGGAGCUGUGUUGUGUGCCCCCAGUGAUUCUAGGAUACUGACACAUAAAGCUUUUGAGAGAGCGACGUGAAAACAGAAUAUUUUUUCCUCCCUUUUCUUCAGGCGAGUCUUGAAAACAAACGUCAAGGAACCUGCUGAACGCCAUGGACGUCAGUCCCCCGAUCCGCCUAGACGACCACUUCAAAUCGACCGACCUGUUCGACCUGGUGUCGUGCACAGAGUACGACCUAAGCGGCACGGGCAUCGGCAGCGACUGGGAGGCCCUGGACGACAUCGUAGGCCGCAACGUCAACAACAACAACAACAACGUCUCCGUCGGGGACCUGUCACAGUCUUGGUUCAACGGGCCAUACCCGGACCCCCCUACACCGACGCCUCCUCCUCCCCCGCCUCCGUCAGCGGUAGUACACCACUCUCAGGACAAGGAGAAGGACACGAGCGAUAAGAUGUGGGGUGGCGGAGGCGGUGGAGGUGGGGGAGGGACGACCGAGAAGGUUGUCAACAGCGCCACGGGGAACACCAUCAUCAUCACAUUCCCCCCUGCGGAUGGGGGCCACUCCGUGCCCGACACUUCAGACGCCGUCCACAACCCCUCUCCGCCCAUGACGGAGCACAACAACCUCGACCUCUUCAACUCCAUCCUCAACGAGAAGCCCUACGACGUCAUGGGGUCACACAACCACCGGUCGCCGGCUUCAGACUGCGUCUCCUACGCCAGCGCCUGCUCGGGUUACAGCGACUCUGGGAUAUCCACUUCUCCCGAAGACACAGCUUCGCCAAACGGAGGCGGUCACCAUGAUCCUGUCGACUUCGAUCGUCUGGUGGACUCGGCUGUAGACUCACUCGUGUACUCUCCCGGUGCAGGAGGCCUUGGACAAGUGGACGACGCCGCAGGCCUCGAAGGCAGCGGCAGCUUCCUGUCAAAUACUCAGAUGUCGUCUUACAUGACGCCCGUCACCCAGAGCAAUGAUGUCUCCUCCAUCUUGGAAGGAGCUCUGAGAGGAACCGUCAGGCGCCCUGGAGGUCCCUCCCAAGCACCGACACAACUCAGCAAAGUGAGUGAGUCUAAAACUCUGACUCUCAUGUCCAACAUGACACCCCUUCCCCCCCUCACGACAGCCUUCAAAGCCGAGCAGCUGAACGGAGUCGCUGGGUCGACCCAAAUCAGCAGCAGCAAUGGGAUGUACGUCACCACAGGGUACGACUACCACCCACCUCCCGCCGAGGAGUUCAACAGCCUAGAUGCAUCCUUCACUAAGUUGUCAACAGCUACGACCACAAAGGUGAACAGCAUGUCAGACUCGACCAAGCCCAAGAAGCGCAAGUACACAAAACGACAGCCAGGGGAGGAACCGACAACCAAGGGACGCCUGCUGCACUUCUGCCACAUCUGCAACAAGGGCUUCAAGGACAAGUACAGCGUCAAUGUGCACAUCCGCACUCACACAGGUGAGAAGCCCUUCAACUGCGAGCUGUGUGGCAAGUGCUUCCGGCAAAAGGCCCACUUAGCCAAGCACGUCCAGAUCCACACCACUCCAAAGCCCCCGGGAAAAAGGUGAAGGAAUGACGACCACAAGCACUACUACUGCUGCUGCUGCCGCUGCAUCCAGCCAGCCAGCCAGCUAGCCAGUCAGCCAGUCAGCCAGCCAGCUUUCCAGUGCAGUGCCCUGUAUCUGUCUGCGUACAUCACCGCUACUGCAGGCCACUCCUGUUCAUGGCGGGCCACGGGCCUACAACCAUAAAAAAAAAGGCUAGGCUGUGGCCAGGCCACAGCCGUGGGUUGCGAUCCACGUCUCACUGUCGUACCUGCUCCUUGUUCUUAAGCUGUCUUUUUGCGUUAUCUGCAGCUUCCUACUGUUAGAGAGGAUAUGGGAAUCCAAUAAUUAACACUUACAUUUAGGAAGAAGGGUGCAGCCAAUACUCAACGCGUGCAAAUAGCCCAUCACUAACCCACAGAGAGACUGAGAGAGAGUGAUAGAAAGACUGAGAGAAAGUGUGAGAGAAAAUGAGGAGGAGAGAAAGGGUGUGUGUGUCCUGCACCCUCUAUUAGGGCUCAUGUAUUAGAUUCAAUUUUAUUACUUGUUAAGUUUUUUAUUUCUUUACAGUAAUCCCCCGUAAUCCACUAGCUGGCUAGUGCUUAUGAUAUAUUUGUCAAUUGCUGUAAGGAGAGCUUCCUUAUAAUGAAUUGAUUUGAUUUCAUUUAUAUAUAAAGAGAAAAAAUAUAGGUUGUCAUUUCUUUGUUUCAUAGGGUGCCAUUAUUACUUCGAAGCUUCAACUGCAAGUUUACUAUUUUCCUUGUCCAUCCGUUUGUGACGUCUUCACCUCGUGACGAAGGCAAAUUAGCCCUUAAGACAACCUGGCGUUGCGACUGAUUUGGCUUGGCACGUUGGUGAGAUGGCUGACAGGCGCUGCAUUUUUCUAUGAUUUCCGAAUGUAAUUCUUUAGUUGAGGGUCUUACAAUAAUUCUUCUUGUUUUUCUAUGGUCCAGUUAUGGUCUCCUGAGGUCACAAUAAGGACUGGUUGUGUCAACCAACUUGAUUUCACAAUGAUGAGAAAGUUACUCAAGUGGAAUAAAUAUCUUGGGCAAGAAUCAUUAUUGCUCUGAUGAUACUGCACCAUCUUGAAUUCCAUAUACUUAUGGUUCUUGAAGACUUUGAUACAAAAAUAUGAAGAUUAAGGGAAGGAAUACUUUAGCCAAGGUGCUUAAAAACAUCAAAUGAAUCUGAAAAUCUGCUGGUGGUGGUGGGAUUAUUGUUAUUUUCCUUAAAUAGGGCCAUGGAUUAAUAUACAACCUCCUCAUACCCUAUUAAACUUUAGGCAACUGAUAAACUCAAGAAACACGCCUAAGUUUUUGAAUGUUUUUAAAAGUAAACAUUCUGUAUCUAUAUUGUGAAUCUAUAUCAAGAACCAUCAACCUUUACUAGUUUGAAGAGCUAACUGAUGAAUCUGCCCUUAUCUAAAGCUACCUUGCACAUUCCGGGAGUCUAAUGAAAAAUGACUUUCUUAAAUUCCACUUAUAAAACAAUUUCAAACCCUUCAUUGUGCUCUGAGGCCACUUUGUAUCUGAACCUUUACCAUCAACUUUCCAAAUGCUACAGCUGUUAAGGAACUACUAUCCCUUGACCCUUUUUAUAUCUCUUGUCUUUAAUCACUUGUAAAUAGGUUUUAAGGUUAAUGAGACGAAAAUUAUUUAUAUUCCCUCCUUCGUAAAGCUCUCUCUCUACCCGCAAAGGCGACCAGACAGGUUUCAAAACUUGGUUUAACAUUACGAGCGAGGUAUGACCCUCUCUUACCUUGGCUUGAAGACCGAACUUCCUGAGCCAUAGUCAAUUGAAGGAAAGCCUGCGGUGUAGUAGAGUGGCUUCACAAGGUGGGCACUUAGGUAUUACGACUGUAAAUAAAUUCUUGAUCAGGCGUAGUAGUAAAGAGUCACAGUGCCUUCCACCUAGGCGUACAGUCAUGGAAGACGAGACGCCAUUCAGCCAAGGAUCGCGAAAAGAUGCAGGUCCCUUUCCAACCAUACCCCCCAUCAAAAAAAUUCCUCUCGUUUUCCCUCCAAAAGCAAAUUUAUAGCUGUAAUGCAUCCCAAAACCCAAACAUAUCCUUAUCAGACGCUCAGAUUAUGUGAUAUUCUAAAUGAAAUGCAAGAUCGAGCAAAAAAUAAGUCUCUUUAGAGAGCCAACAUUUUGGCAAGUAUGAAGAGAUACGGUGUCUUUUUCACCAAUCCCCAAAUCAAAUAUCUACGUGAUUUCCCCUCCAGAAACAAAUUCGCACCUACGAAACAUCCACAAACGCAAAAUUUUACUUGUCAGACGCUCAAAUUAUAUGUUGACAUUUAAAAGAAACGGAAGACGAUGCCAGAAGGAAGGUUUCUCUCUUCUGAGAGCCAACAUUCUGUUGUCGAAUGGCGCUGGGUGGAAUGUAAACAUUGUGACUUCAUGCACUCUGACUGGCUGCCAAAAUCUGAGUGAAUGCUGUGAUUGUAUGGAGACGGGCUAGUGUAAUUCCUGGUCUCCACUUUACUACAUUUUCGUAGAUGGUACUUGUGUCCCAUGAAAUAUUAUCCUUUGUCUGAAAAUUCCCCUGUUAUAAAGGUUCAUGUGCGUGCCUGUGUGUGUAUGUAAACCCAGCAAGAUUGUCUACAGGACUAUGUAACUUGCAAGGAAACACACAUGUGGCUAUAUUCAUUUAAGAAAAAAAUUGUAAGUCAGCAAUUUUAAAUAAAUUUUUUUUGUAAUAAUUUAUAAAAAUGUAUGUCUUGAAUAUGCUUGCUGUCAUAAAAUUUCUGGUGUUUCCUUAUAUUAUUAUUAUUAUUAUUAUUAUUAUUAUUAUUAUUAUUAUUAUUAUUAUUAUUAUUAUUAUUAUUAUUAUUAUUAUUAUUAUUAUUAUCAGGGACAGAGUACACUGUCUUCGAAUUUGUAGAGCUCUGCCUUCUAUUUCCAAUAGAUACCACUACAUAAAAGUGGUAGUGUAAAGCGUAUGUAUGUAUGUAUGCAUAUAUAUAAAUGUGUAUAUAUAUAUACAUAUAAACAGACGCAUAUAUUUUUCUAACCUUGACCAAGAAAGAUUUUUGUAAAAGCCAACAAUCUAUCAAACAUAUUUUUUAUUUCAACUCCUACAGAUUUCGGAAAACUGUGCAAGGUCCUCUUUUUGUUUUUCCUCGUUAUCUACACUGAGCUUAGCCCAUUCCUUUCUAUAUAAUAUAUACUAUAAUAUAUAUAUGAUUUUGUAGGUGUGGGGGAAAGGGGAUCGUUUAUUGAAUAGACCGAGAGGAAUGGGUAGUCAUUCCAGACCCUAAAUCUUCUCCUUUGAAUUCUUCUUCUUCUUCUUCGAGCCUUGCACAGUCUUCCUGGGAAUCUCUUGUUACGUAGAUGCUGUUACAUACAACUAAAAUAAAUGGUUUUAGCUCGUGGAUACAUUCAUAUAUUCACCAACAGGUUGCUGAGGAGUUUAAUUCUUAUUUUCAUCUUACUUUUUUUUUCUAUUGUAGGGGGUAUGAAAUACGCAAUAUUGGGCCUUACAAAGGCUAUCAAAAGAGCUCGUAUUGCCUUACCACGUCGUGGUCUCGGAAUCUACUGAAGCUUAAAGAGUGGCAUUGAGAAGCUGGCACCUACUGUACUGUACUGUACUGUACAGUACAGUACAGUACAGUACUGUACAUUGUUGAAGGGUGCUAAAGAGAGUUUGCUGAAAGUGGUAAGGCUCAUGAUGCUGUUGAAAGCUAAUAAGGAAUAUGAGCUUAAAGGGUACAAGCCAAAGGUCCAGUUCGAAGACGCCUCAAUGAUGUAAAGUAGAGAAAAAUCAUAAAAAAUACUUACUGAGGCUUCUGAUGUAUAGAUUUAGGUUUAAUAAUUUUAUUAUUAUUAUUAUUAUUAUUAUUAUUAUUAUAAUUAUUAUUAUUAUUAUUUGUUGUUAUCUGCAUUCACUAAGAGAUUAUUAAUUUAAUGAUUAUAUUCAAUUAAAAUAUAAUUCCUCGGAUAUGGGACGUAGGCCUUUUUCAUAAGCUAAGACGGUCCUCCCCCAAAAAAUCUUCGACGGCGGGACGGGACGGGACAGUCCCGUUGGAGAAGGACCGUGGGACCAAAACAACAAGGUGUCAUAAACGCGAUCAGAAACGGUCUGGCUAGGGUAGAAGACUUGACGUCACGCUAAUUCCACCUUGCUGAAUCAGAUACUACUUUAGGUGAUUAUGCUCCAAGCAAGUGGGUUCUUGUAGAGAUUCUCUUCUGGGAACACAAUGUCUCUCUACAGAAGUGGAUUCGUGUAGUAAUUCCCUUCUGGGAACAAUGUUUCUCCACAGGAAUGGAUACUUUCAGUGAUUCUCUUCUGGGAACACAGUGUCUCUUCACAGAAGUGGAUUCUUGUAGCAAUUCCCUUCUGGGGACACAAUGUCUCCACAGAAAUGGAUAUUUUCAGUGAUUCUCUUCUGGGGACACAAUGUCUCCACAGAAGUGGAUUCUUGUAGAGAUUCUCUUCUGGGAACACAGUGUCUCUUCACAGAGUGGAAUCUUGUAGUAAUUCCCUUCUGAAACACGAUGUCUCCACAGAAAUGGAUAUUUUCAGUGAUCCUCUUCUGGAUACACAAUGUCUCUCCCUAGAAGCGGAUUCUUUCAGUUGAUUCCCUUCUGGGAAGGCGAGAACCUUAGGAUCUGAACCCCAAAAUAAGAAAUAAGGGAUUCUAUUCUAGUGAUUGAUUUGUGAUCGCAGCUUUUGGCACCAAUAUGACAGAAGGGUCACGUGCACAGCUUUCUACCUCUCUCACCGUCUGGAGGCAAAUGGAUAACAACAGUCAGUAUUAGAAGAAAAUAUGAUUUUAAUAUGAAAAAUGAAGGUUUUAUUGAUGCGGUCGAACUUCGCCCAAAUGAUGUACAAGUUAUUUUGACUUAGCUCAGAAAAAACAUAAAAUUCCUCACUUUUCUUUGCCUUCAGAAGAAAACGUCAAAUUUUCCAUUUUUUUUUUGCCUUCAAGACUGUGAGAAGUAGCAAGUAAGCAAGCAAGCAAGCAAGCAAGCACGCUGGUCCUACCCUACCCCCGAAAACUAUAAACCACUGGAAGGGAUAGUGAGACAAGUAUAUUCCACCUCUGGUAGUGAGAAGUUUCAUCACUCACACUGAGAUUUGAAUUCAAUGGAAGCCGUAUAUCUUUUGGUUCGAUAACUCUCUUGAUUUCUACGAAUUGGAAAGAAAUAACGUCUGAUCUGAUGUUUUUACUCUUGAUGGAACAGGAAGCUUUCUGUAGAUUAAAAAAACCAAGUAUUUUUGUUCUUGUAUCUCAAAUGCAACAGGAGAAUCUACGUUGCAUCAAUUUGCCUUUUGUUGCAAGCACAGUCAAACUCCAGACGCUUGAUUUUGCUUGCAAGGAAACUCUGAAAGAGGCGAAACAAAUAUGACAGCUUCUGUCUGACGAGAGUAAAAUAUUUCUCUUUUGAGAGAAAAAAUAAAAUAAAAAACACACAAAGUCCUCUCACUUCACUGUUUCUUGUUCUGGCUGCUGUGAUAAUUCUUUUAAAAAGUCAAUAACUUAUCUAUUUCCAUUUAUUUUGUAAUUGUGGUUUUUUUCCUUGUUAUUCAUUGCUUGUCUGUUAAAAUGUUGCUUAUAUUCUUCUCUCCCUUGAUUUUUUUUUUUUACUCUGUCGAGUGAAAAUAGUGUUAUUGCCAUAAUUAGCUCCACUGAUCUUUAUAAUAUGUACUUGUUAUGAACUCGAAACUCCAAGUCUCUUAGUCCAGGGGUUGUUCUUCUUGUUGAUUGGUUAAUGCGAUGUUUAUUCCUUGAUCCUGAUUGGUUAGGACGUCAGAAUUUAAGAUGGUGGAACGGCCACUGUUUGCCAAGACGUAGUUCAAUUCUUAAAUGCAAUGAUUUAAAAGUACCAGUUGUGCGUGUUGGGCCGUCAGUAGCAAUGGUAACGUUGCUGUAGGCACUUUUUGCAGUUGGAGGGAGGUGCCGUUACAAAGGUAAAGCUUCUAAAAGCAAUUAGAAAGGAGUGCCUACAGUUGCAAUGGAGGGAUUGCCGAUACAAAGUUAUUGCCUCUGGUUGCAAUUAGAAAGGAGUGCCUAUGCAUAGGCACUACCUAUAGUUGCAAGGGAGGAAGUGCGUGUAUAAAGGUAUUGCCUUCGAUUGCAAUUAGAAAGGAGUGCCUAUGUAUAGGCACUGCCUCCAUUUGCAAUGGAGGGAGUGCGCGUAUAAAGGUAAUGCCUCCAGUUGCAAUUAGAAAAGAGUGCCUGUACAUAGGCACUGCCUACAGCUGCAGGGAAGGGAGUGCUUUUAUAAAGGUAUAGCCUCUAGUUGCAAAUAAAAAUGAGUGCUGAUACAAAGGCAUCACUUCCAUUUGCAAGGGAAGGAGUGCAAAUAUAAAGGCACUCACUGCCUACAGCUGUAACAGGGAGAGUGUGCCGAUACAAAGGCAAUACCUCCACCAAAUUUAGAUAACAGUAGUCUGGCGUCCAAAAUUUUCCAAACAAUAGUAAUGAUAUUGCUAAGUUACCAGGAUGUGAACCAAGAACUCUCCAUCAAUUUUUUUUUUUUAUCUUAGAGUAUAUCCAAAGAUUAACUUAAAAAAAACGAAAGAAAGAAAGAAUAAAAUAAUCAGAGAUCACUGCUUUAAUAUUUUGCUCAACAACGGGACUUGAAUUUCGAGUUUAUUAUUAGAAUUAUUAUUAUUAUUAUUAUUUUCUCUAUUAUCCCUUGCCGUACCUUUGAAAGUCUUUUACCAAACGGUGUUAAAUUCCCAGUGUCCCAGCCAUUUAAAAAAAACAUAGAGAGAUUUAUAUUAUUAAUAUAACACUGUUGAACCCUCCCCAUGGAUGUUAUUUGUUUUUUUUUUAACAAAACUGAAUGGAAAAAUGGUAAAUAAAAAUCUGAAAAAUGCCUUAAAAGCACUGAACUGGGCCACUCGGGAGUCUAGCACAUGGGAAAAGACUAAGCCUUCAUUGUGUAACCUCCUAUUUUUUUUUUUUUUUUUACAAAAUGAGUGAGAUGACGUGAUUCGUACACUGAUGUACUCUCAAAAUGGUAAUAAUAUAUAUAUACAAAUAUACUAUGAAAUCGAAGCUUCAAUUUCCCAAAGCUUCUGGUAAUAUCCGGCUUUCAGACUUACUAUUAUUAUAAUAUAUUAUAUAUUUUUUUAAUCCUUGUUAUAUUCUGAAUGCUGAUUUAAAAGUGUAUCUAUGAAGGUUUUUUUUCUUGUACAUAGUUAAAUCAAUAAAUGAAAAACGCGCCACUGUC